CAUUGACUUUUGUAUUUAUAUUUACUUAUUGUCAGUGACUGAUAUACAAUUGCUUUAGAAAAUCCUGUAUAUCUAGCUAACUUGACCACUGUUUCUAGGGUAUAACAUAUAAUUAUUUUUGUUCAGUGCCAUUGGAUGCUUUUUUUAAUGUGUUAAUUGUAAGAAGCCUGUCAUGAUCUAAUUGGAAACAAAUAUUGUUUCUACGUUAAUCUUUAAUAAAUAUAUAAUAACUCAGCAAAUAUUUCUUGGUAACUUGCUGAAUUAUUUUUGACAAACAGUGAUGGUUGAUUAAGGUUCUCUGUGCUCAGUCAAAGUAAUUAUGAACGCGAUGUCGUGGAGUGUAGAAGACGAAGCUGUUAUAGCGACUAAUACCGAUGCUACCGAAUGUAAACGAUGUGCGGUUGAAUUAGGCUACUGGAAAGAUGAAUACAUCACAUAUUUUGCUAAACACGUCGACAGAAAGGCACCAGAGAUAAACCGCGGUUACUAUGCUAGAGUGAAAGCAAUAGAGAUGUUUAUACACCAGUUUCUGGAACGAUGUGGCACAAAGUGCCAAAUAAUUAAUCUGGGCUGCGGGUUCGACACCUUGUAUUGGCGGCUCAAAGAUACUACACAGGCCGUCAGCAAUUUUGUAGAGCUGGACUACCCUUCCGUGAUCGGUAAGAAGUGUCAAAUCAUCAAGAGGAACAAAGCUCUGCUUGAGAAGAUCUGCACUGAAGACGGCGAGGUGGUGGUGCGCAGCGGUGACUUGCACGCCGAGGGUUACCACCUAGCGGGCUGCGACCUGGCUAACGUGGCCGAGGUGGCCCGCAAGUUGGCCGGCGCCGGCGUGCGAGGCGACGCGCCCGCCCUGUUGCUGGCCGAGUGCGUGAUGGUGUACCUACGGCCGGCCGCCGCCGACGCGUUGCUGGCGCACAUCGCCGCCGCUUUCCCACGUUGCGUGCUGCUGCUGUACGAGCAGUGCAACCUCGCCGACCGCUUCGGCGAAGUGAUGCUACGCAACCUGAGCGCGCGUGGCUGUGCCCUCGCCGGUGAGCGGUUCUGCCGCGACCCCGCGGCGCAGGAGCAACGCCUGCUGGCCGCCGGCUUCGAGGCCGCGCGCUGCUGGGAUAUGGAGGCCGUGUGGCGUGCCUUUCCUGAGGAGGAGCGCGCGCGCGUCGAGGCAUUGGAGAUGCUGGACGAGCGUGAGCUGCUGCAGCAGCUGCACGCGCACUACGCGUUGUCGGUUGCCACGCGCGGUGCGCUCUUUGCCGACCUCGACCUCAACUGCUAGAAGCUGCAUCGCCGCUGUCCACGCACCUGGCAGGGUCGAGUUACGGCUGUUCUAUCUGCUCGUAGAUUAUUAUCCUGUUUGAUCUAGAGAUCAUUGUCAUUGGUAAUUUCAUGAGUUGUUAUGGCAAAAUAUAUUCUGUAUGCAGAAUAAAUUCAUUAUAAAAAACCGUUUUGUUGUAAUUAAAAUGUAUCAAACAAUACCUGGAGUGAGUCGAACUCAUCAUUUGUUUAUGCAUAUUGGUACUGUUAAUGAGUAAGUCAUGUCGUUUCAAGGCACUUCUUUUAUUUAUGAAAAGGUCAAUAAAUGUUUAAUGUUAAAAUAUAUUUUUGUUUGAAAUAAAUGCGCUAUUUUAAUGUCUAUUUAUUUUUAA